AUGGCAGACGCCGAGUGGGACAAGUUAGAGAAAUAUCGUCUCGACUUGACUCCAAAGGAUGCAUCUGAUGGGCUUGAUUUCACGUUACUUGAGCUUGGAUCAACAGGUCAGGUGACAGCGGUCCCAAGUCGGGACCACAUUCCAUCAUCACGGUUAGCGCCACUCAGUACGUUACCGAAUGGAUUACCACCAGUCUUGGAUGACCUUCAAACCAAGACGCUGCAAUUCCUGAAUCGACCUGAAAAACUGCCGAUUCAUGAAGUAACAAAAGCUCAGAGGUUUUGGCCUCGCACAGCAGACCCUCACAGCCUGUUUGAGGUGUCAUCAUGUCCAUUACAAACAACACUACAGGUGGAACGGAACCAGACUACAGGGCAACUCAUGGGAUUCAAAGAGGUCAGGACAGCGGUCACAGCCUCCACAGCCAAGAACUCUCUGUCCCUCAGUCGGCAGCCAGGGCCUCCCACCCAGUCAGUACGUGGUAGCUCCACAAACUUCCCAUUCUGGCCAGGUGGGAUGGAUGAGCCGUCGGAAGAGACCAUUUAUGCCAGAGGGGAGGGCGAAGAAGAGAUCGACUUUGAGAAUGAUCUCCUGAGCACCCCACCAGGCUUAGAUCAGGGAAUGGCAUUCGACCUAAAACCAGCGGCAGACAGCAAUCCCAUCCAACCACCCUCCACUGAAAAUACAUCACUAAGGACGGUGCCACAUAUACUCAAACUAACUGAUCUGAUGACGAUAGAUGAUGAUGAUGAUUAUGAUGAUGAUGAUGAUGGUGAUCUUGAGUUGAUUGACGGAGAUGAAGAGAUGAAGAAUGAAGUUGAAGCGGAAUCAACCGCAAGAGGCGAGGGUAACACGGAAGCUGUGGAAAGUUUGGACAAGAUGCUGCCAAAGGAAAUGGUUUUUGCAAAACACUCCAGGCAAGCUGAGGCAGACUCUUCUAAGGAACAAUGGGCCGUCAACGUAGACACCUCAUCGCCAGUAGAUGACUUCCAUAAACGGGUUCCAGCACCAGCCAAAGAGUGGCCUUUUGAGUUGGAUGUAUUCCAGAAGCAAGCUAUAAUCCACAUGGAGGAGCAUGACUGUGUCUUUGUAGCGGCUCACACCUCGGCCGGGAAGACGGUAGUCGCUGAAUACGCCAUCGCUCUGUCACUCAAGCAUCUCACAAAAACCGUAUACACAUCACCAAUCAAGGCGUUGUCCAAUCAGAAGUUCCGUGACUUCCGGGAGACGUUCGGAGAUGUUGGUCUAUUAACAGGGGACGUCCAGAUCAAGACGGAUGCCUCAUGUCUCAUCAUGACCACAGAGAUUCUAAGGUCGAUGCUUUAUAAUGGAUCUGAUGUUAUACGUGACUUGGAGUGGGUCGUCUUUGAUGAAGUUCACUAUAUCAAUGACUCUGAGAGAGGAGUGGUCUGGGAGGAAGUUCUGAUCAUGCUACCUGCUCAUGUCAAGAUCAUUCUUCUUAGCGCCACUGUGCCUAACACCAUGCAGUUUGCCGACUGGGUUGGACGCAUCAAAAGAAGAAAGAUCUACGUGAUCAGUACGUUGAAGCGGCCGGUGCCACUGGAACAUUUUCUGUACACAGGAAACAGCAACAAGACGAACAAAGAGCUCUUCCUCAUCGUUGACUCCACAAAGAAAUUUCUCACAUCGGGUUACCACAAAGCAGUAGAUGCCAAGAAAGAACGAGAGAGUAAAUCCUCUGCGUCUUUUGGCGCCAAAGGAGCUCGGCAUGGAGCACCCAAAGGUGACAAGGCAGUUUAUUUAUCCAUCAUUGAAAUGCUGCGUAAAAGAGAACAGCUUCCAUUGGUGGCAUUUACCCUCUCCAAGAAACGCUGCGACGAGAACGCCUCGGCCCUCACGACCCUUGAUCUCACGACGACCAAUGAGAAGAGCGAGAUUCACGUUUUUGUGCAGAAAUGCGUGGAGCGUCUGAAAGGGAGCGAUCGUAUGCUACCACAGGUGCUUCACAUGCGUGAUUUAUUGAAACGAGGCAUUGGUGUACAUCACAGUGGAGUUCUUCCAAUCCUGAAGGAAGUCAUUGAACUACUCUUCCAGCGAGGUCUAGUCAAGCUAUUGUUUGCAACAGAAACCUUUGCCAUGGGAGUCAACAUGCCUACCAGGACAGUUGUCUUCGAUUCCAUCCGUAAGUUUGACGGUUCAGGGAUGCGUAACUUACUGGCAGGCGAGUACAUCCAGAUGGCGGGCAGGGCUGGUCGUCGUGGGCUAGACACAACAGGGAUGGUCAUCAUACUAUGCAAAGGGGAUGUUCCUGAGACAUCAGAACUGUUUAAGAUGAUGCUGGGUAAACCGACUCAGCUCGAAUCCCGAUUCCGUCUGACCUACACUAUGAUCCUUAACCUCCUGUGCGUGGAAGAACUCCGGGUCGAAGACAUGAUGCGACGAAGCUUCUCCGAGUCUGAGACGAGGAAGGACACGAAGGUCUACGAGGAGAAGCUGCGACAUGUCCAGGAGGAGAUGGUUCAUGUCAAGGAGUUGAGCUGCUACUUGUGUAAUGAGGACCUGGAGCAAUAUUACGAGACUUGUAGACAGCUUCAGGGCCUCAGGAUGCAGCUCCAGAAACUGAUCGCGUCACAUCCUCUAGGAGUGAAAGCCCUCUCUGGAGGUAGAGUGGUCAUCGUACGCACCAAGAAGCAUCGAAAUGCCCUCGGUGUUGUCCUGAGUUCGUCCACGGCCAGCAAAGAGCGGACUUUCAAAGUAUUGGUCCUUUGCAAUCAAGAAACCUCACCAGAGAUUGCCAAGUCGACAGAGACAUCUCCGGAUACCUCUAGAGCUCGGGUAGAACCCCUCAGGAAGGAGGUUCUGUUCGAGCCAGAGGGUCCUUGCGGCCACACGGUGGUGGAUCUACUCGGGGAAGACAUCGGUGUUAUUACGACGGUUACGAUUAAGAUUAUGUGCGACCGCAUCGUUGACGAUUACAAGAAGAGACAGAUUCCGAGAUUCAGAGACAAUCCGCCGAGCCAGUCCACCAGUGUAGCCACCCAGGAGCUGCUCAGGAUUACUGAGGCAAACCCCCAGGGUCUGGAAGCUCUAGACCCCAUCAAGGACUUCCAUCUGAGAGACCUGGAACUGGUGGAGAAGUUUCGGGAGAGAGAUUCCUUAGAGAGCCUCCUGGACAAGUAUAGCUGCCUCAACUGCCCGACCUUCCUGGAACAUUUCGAUGUGAUGAGUCAUCGUAUGAAGCUGAAGGAAGACUUCAACCAUCUCAGGUUCCUCUUAUCAGACCAGAGUCUUCAUCUACUCCCAGAGUACUACCAAAGAAUUCAGGUCUUGCAGCAGCUGCGUUUCCUUGACGCCUCCAACACCAUCCAGCUAAAGGGUAGAGUAGCCCGUGAGAUCAGUAACCAUGAACUGAUCAUCACUGAGCUGGUGUUUCAGAGCAUCCUUACAGGGCUGCCUCCUGAGGAGAUUGCUGCCUUGCUGUCCUGCAUGGUGUUCCAGGAGAGGCGUUGCAGCGAGCCUGAACUCACACCGUCUCUUAAACAGGGAGUGGACAAGAUAAAAGCAGAAGCCAAGCGACUUGCAGAGAUCCAGCAUGAAUGCGGCAUGAACUUAUCAAUAACAGACUUUGUGGAUCAGUUCAGGUUUGGCCUCACACAAGUGGUGUAUGAGUGGGCCAGAGGAAUGCCCUUUUCUGAAAUCACCAAUCUGACGGACGUCUCUGAGGGGAUCAUCGUUCGGACCAUCCAGCGAUUAGAUGAAGUUUGUCGGGAUGUGCGCAGCGCUGCGCGCAUCGUGGGGGAUCCGAGCCUGUUUCAGAAGAUGGACGACGCCUCGCAACUCAUCAAGAGAGAUAUUGUCUUUGCUGCAAGUUUAUACACGCAAUAGCAUAGAUUCAUGUAAGUGUAUUUUGAUACAUGGCGCUUCGGCCAAAACAAGGUACUUGGUUUAUUUGCUCAUAAACAUUUUGAGAAUAAGUGUUAUCAAAUAACACUUUAUUAGGGUUGGUGAGGUAAGUUUUCUUGUGGAUACCACAAACUUACAAACACCUACCAUACUAGUGAAGUUUUUUUAAGUAUGAGACCUUUGCCUUUAUAGCACCAUGUAAUGGUUUACAAGGUGCUGUGUCGCAAUAUGCAGCCGCUCAGACCAGGAACACCGGGCGAACUUCUUCUCUGUACGACAACCGCACUGGGUUCUUUUGUGUGCGUUACAGAACACUUGGGAUCAACGAAGGACGCAGUAAUAAUGGUUGAGGGGCUGCUUGAGGACACAGGUGUCGUAACUGUGACUCUAACCCACACUCUGCUGAUCAGAUACCAAAGCUAGAGUCCAAUGUUUUGAUACACUCGGCAACAACUCCAUUGUUCUCAGAAAUGUACGCAUACUCAGAAUUGCAUAACAAUAGAAGUUUAUCUGGUAUGUCUGCUGCCACCAAGUGUUCCAAAGUCUCCCAUUGCAGAAGGAAUAUUAUGUUAAGUGAUCGAAAAAUAGUUUUUAAAGUAUUUUGGAUAAAUUAUUUGGAGACAAUUUACAGUAAUAGGUUAUCAAAAAAUUACUACUUAUUUCUGUUGUAAUUUGACCUGUAAAUGCAGGGAUUUUAGCCUGCAGAUUUUAGAUAUUAUUUAUUGGUAUUUUUUAUCAAAUUCUAGAGACUCAAACAUCCAAUGAAUUUUGUCAAAAUUAAGGAGAAAUUUUUAUUAUUGGUAUUAAUGUUUAUAGGCUGAUUUAAA